UAUCUGUUAUUUUAUACAAAUGUAGAAGAUAGUUAGAUCCUUUCAAUAUCAACUUGAAUUUGGUAAUUGAACAAAAUGCAUUCAAACAGCUUGCUGAAAGAAGCAGCUAUACAAAUCCUGUCGGGAGGAUCGGCAGGAUUUGUGGAAGUUUGUAUAAUGCAUCCACUGGAUGUCGUUAAGACGAGACUACAGGUGCAAAGUGCUCCGGCAAAGGUCAAUGACCCGAAUCACUACAAAGGGGUCUUCGACUGUAUGGCCAAAAUGUACAGAAACGAAGGCUAUCUAGCUUUUUACAAGGGAAUAUUGCCGCCCAUUGUUGCCGAAACACCCAAGAGAGCAUUGAAAUUCGUCACAUUUGAGCAGUACAAGAAAUUAUUUUUGUUUGGCGCCUCAAGUCCCACCCCACUGACUCUAUCAAUGGCUGGCUUCUUUGCCGGAGUGACGGAGGCGAUUUUUGUGAAUCCGUUUGAAGUGGUGAAAGUAACGAUGCAAACCAAUCACCAGAAAGCUGUCAUUGCUCCGAGCACCUUCCAAGUUUGCAAGCAAAUUGUCAACACCAAUGGACUUGGAGGACGAGGUUUGUACAGAGGUUUAACGGCUACUGUACUGAGAAAUGGCGUUUUCAAUUCGGUCUACUUUGGAUUUUUCUACACAAUUACAGAAUACUUGCCAAAACUUGAGGAUCCAGUCCACGAGUUCAUGAAGAGAGUCUCUCUAGGAUUCACGGCUGGCGUUUUUGGGUCGUUGGCCAAUAUACCUUUCGAUGUUGCCAAGAGUCGAAUUCAGGGUCCUCAGCCUGCUAAAGGAGAAAUCAAGUACAAAUCCUGCUUCAAAACUAUGCACAUCAUCUACACGGAAGAGGGGUUCCGAGCGCUCUACAAAGGUUUAGUACCAAAGGUAAUGAGACUGGGGCCUGGUGGAGCCAUACUUCUCAUUUGCUACGAACAGGUGAAAGAGUUCCUCACAGAAAAACUCGAAUGAAAAAUUAGUAACUAACCAAUAAGUAGAAUAAUUUAAGUGUUGUUAUAUAUUCGUAUAAUUUGUAUAAUGUUAAUGACUAUUGAAAGAUUAGAAUAACUUGUACCUGAAAGCCAUAAAAACGCCAAAUUUUAUUGACUACAGUAUUGAAAGUUUUUCCUAAAAUUGUUCACCAAAAAUGAGCUUAUAAACAAAUCUAGUAUUUUAAAUCUUGAACAAAUUCUCAACAGUUGAUGAGUAGUGUUUAAUUCUACAGGUGAUGGAUAUAUUUAUAAUUAGCUAAUUCACCACACUUCUAAGACUGAUUGUAAUGAAAUAUUAUGUUGAUUGAAAAGUAUUUUAUUAUUCGAAAAAACUGUGAAUCGAAAAAUUGUGCCUUAUAAAAGAAUAUUGUACAAGUAAACAGCACAAAUUUUUGUAGACUGUUGUGAUACAUAAUAUUUUAAAUAAACAUGUUUCAAGAAA